UUUUUUUUUCUUUUCUUUUUUUCUCUCGUCCUUCUUCCCGUUGAGCCGCUCGGUUUCGGUGGACUGCUACACCUGCUCGCCGUUUCUCAUCUUUAUCCUCCCACAACAUGGAUGAUUUUGACAUGCUGAACGCGCCCGCCGCUGGAAACGGCGUGGGCUCGGAAGAGGACCCCGCUGCCGCCUUUUUGGCCCAGCAAGAGAGCGAAAUAGCGGGCAUUGAAAACGACGAAGGCUUCAGCAUCCUGGACAGCGGAGAGGUCCCGUCGUCGCUGGGAGACUCCAACGAUGGCACCGUCAAUGGAGAACUUCAUGGGGAAAGCAACGGCCCGUCAGAUGCCUAUGCAGCAAUUUCCAAUGCAGACCGACUGCAGGCCGAACCUGAAAGUCUACGCAAGUGGAGAGAGGAGCAAAGAGAGAGGCUGGAAUUGCUAGAUGCAAACUCUCGUAAGCAGGAGUCGGAGUGGAAAGAGAAGGCCAAGGUGGAGCUGGAGGAGUGGCAUGCCAGGCAAAACGAGCAGCUGGAGAAAACCAAAACCAAUAACAGGGCGGCUGAGGAAGCCAUGAUUUCAGAUCUGGAUGAGAACAACCCCGGCACCGAGUGGGAGCGGGUGGCUCGGCUCUGCGACUUCAACCCCAAGUCCAGCAAGCAGGCCAAAGACGUGUCCCGCAUGCGCUCCGUCCUCAUCUCCCUCAAGCAGGCCCCGCUAGUCCGCUAGACAUGCAAGGCUGUUCAGGGCGUCAUUCCAUAUCAUCCUUUUUCCGCCACACACCGACCUACCCAACUACUGAUGUCCCACCAUUUGUAUUCAGACAACAAGGGCUGACAACCCUGUAUGUCCACAUCUAUUCGCCAUGCACAGCCCUGUUAUUGCCCCAGUGCAAGGAUAUAGCCAGUGGUCCCACCCCCCCCUCUUCUAUCUCCUCCUGGCAGGGCUGUAGAGAUUAGCCUUGAUGUACCUGCUCACCGUUUUCUGCCCCCUGAAAGGUUUGUACCUGUGUGCACCUCUUCCACAGACCAAUUAAGACCUUACAAUAUAUUGCCUUUGUUGUGAAACAAAUUGAGAUUAGGGGCCAGUUAGAUCCACACCAGGUCUCAUGGUCUGUGGUCUUGAGUAACACUGAUGUAAGGGUGGUGAGUCGGGACACUAAAAGGGAAGGGUUGAUGUUUGUUUGGGCCGACGGCUACACUACAACCUGCUUGGCAUGGCCCCCAAACAAUAUCAUUCCCAUGAUGCUGUGCUGUAACCUGUCACUCUUAUGAAUCCUUCUAUGACUGUUGAGGGUUGAUAUUAAGUGGUUUUAUUCACCUCUUGCCCUUCGACGCAUCGCCUCAUGUUUUCCCAUCCUUACAAAAAAAAAAAAAGCAGUAUCAUCAGAUUUUUUUUUCUUGAUUGUUGUUUUUUUUCAAGGACCAAACUCUAAAGACAAAACUCCAAAUUCAAUGUGUGUACUUUGAACUGUGUGUGUAGAGCCUGCUUGUGGCAUAUUGUGUUGGAUUUUCCAAUCUAUGCAUUUUCUUUUGAAAAGCCUCUCCCCCUCUCCAGUCAGGAACUGAACAAAGUCCAGUCAUUACAAUACAUGUGACCUGUUUGUAUGUGUGUGUUUCAACCUCAACAGUGCGUGUAUGUACUCUAUGCGUGUACCUAUGUACAUAUACAGAAGGCAAUAUAUAUACAGUAUAUAAAACAUUUAUGUCACUGAAAUUAGACAGUCGUGGUUUUAAAGAGAACUAGAUACUAGCCAGCUGUUGCUUGACCAUGUGUGUUCAUUGUCCAUUUGAUUUCAAUAUCAGUAAAAAGUCAAUGAAAA